UCCCUCGAAAAAAUAGCGUGUAAGCGCAUUUUGUGUGUAUUUGUGUUCAAUAAAGUAAAUUGUUUGAACUGAAACUUUAAACUCAGAUUCUGUAAAGUGGCAUAGCUCACUGACAGAUACAAUUUGCAGUUUGCAGAGACUCAUUUCGUAAAAAGUGACGAGAACCAUUUGGAUACAGCGAAAGCAAACACAAUUUAAAUUGAACAUUAAAGACUGAAACCGCACCGGCAGUAAAAUAUGUCCAAAACAGAUGCUGCCUCCGUCGACGCCGCCGAGGAGAACUCUAAUGAAACCACUUCCGAUGCGGCAACCAGCUCCUCGGGGGAGAAGGAGGCAGAGUUCGACAACAAGAUUGAAGCCGACCGGAGUCGUCGGUUUGAUUUUCUGUUAAAACAAACGGAGAUAUUCACCCAUUUCAUGACGAACAGCGCCAAGAGUCCCACAAAACCUAAAGGCAGACCCAAAAAGAUCAAGGAUAAAGAAAAAGAGAAGGAUAAGGAUAAAGAUAAGGAGAAGGAAUUGGCUGACCAUCGCCAUCGCAAAACAGAGCAGGAGGAGGAUGAAGAGUUGCUGGCCGAGGACACGGCUACAAAGGAAUUAUUUCGAUUCGAUGCUUCACCCACCUACAUUAAGGGUGGCGAAAUGCGUGACUAUCAAGUUCGUGGUCUCAACUGGAUGAUCUCACUCUAUGAAAAUGGCAUCAACGGCAUUCUGGCCGAUGAAAUGGGCCUGGGCAAGACGCUGCAGACCAUCUCCCUUCUUGGCUAUCUUAAGCAUUUCAAAAACCAAGCUGGUCCCCACAUCGUGAUUGUGCCCAAGUCUACGCUACAGAAUUGGGUGAAUGAGUUCAAGAAAUGGUGCCCAUCGCUGCAAGCCGUUUGUCUGAUUGGCGACCAGGACACUCGAAACACUUUCAUCCGAGAUGUUUUGAUGCCGGGCGAGUGGGAUGUCUGCGUGACUUCCUAUGAGAUGUGCAUUCGCGAGAAGUCCGUUUUCAAGAAGUUCAAUUGGCGUUAUUUGGUCAUUGACGAGGCGCAUCGUAUCAAGAACGAGAAGUCCAAGCUUUCGGAGAUCCUCCGAGAGUUCAAAACGGCUAAUCGGUUGCUCAUUACUGGUACCCCAUUGCAGAACAAUCUCCACGAGCUCUGGGCCCUGUUGAACUUUCUCCUGCCCGAUGUAUUCAACUCGUCCGAAGAUUUUGACGAGUGGUUUAACACAAACACUUGUCUGGGAGACGAUGCCCUGAUCACGCGUCUGCAUGCUGUGCUUAAGCCCUUCUUGCUGCGUCGCCUUAAGGCCGAGGUGGAGAAGCGUUUGAAGCCCAAGAAAGAAAUGAAGAUAUUUGUUGGCCUUUCCAAGAUGCAGAGAGACUGGUACACCAAGGUACUGCUUAAGGAUAUUGAUAUUGUUAAUGGAGCUGGCAAAGUCGAGAAAAUGCGUCUGCAAAACAUCCUAAUGCAGCUUCGAAAGUGUACCAACCACCCCUAUCUGUUUGAUGGAGCCGAGCCGGGGCCACCGUAUACCACGGACACUCAUCUGGUUUACAAUUCGGGAAAAAUGGCCAUUCUGGAUAAACUGUUGCCCAAACUCCAGGAACAGGGAUCACGUGUUUUGAUCUUCUCCCAAAUGACCCGCAUGCUUGACAUUUUAGAGGACUAUUGCCAUUGGAAGAAUUAUAACUACUGCCGGCUGGAUGGUCAAACGCCUCACGAAGACCGCAACCGACAGAUCCAGGAGUACAAUAUGGAGAACAGUACAAAGUUCGUAUUCAUGUUGUCCACAAGGGCUGGAGGCCUGGGCAUUAAUCUGGCCACCGCCGAUGUUGUCAUCAUCUAUGACUCCGAUUGGAAUCCCCAAAUGGACUUGCAAGCCAUGGAUCGUGCACAUCGUAUCGGCCAGAAGAAGCAAGUGAGAGUUUUUCGCUUGAUCACAGAGAGCACUGUGGAGGAGAAGAUCGUGGAGAGAGCCGAGGUCAAGCUGAGGCUGGACAAAAUGGUCAUUCAGGGUGGCCGACUCGUUGACAAUCGAUCCAAUCAGAUGAACAAAGAUGAAAUGCUCAACAUAAUUCGAUUCGGAGCCAGCCAGGUAUUUAAUUCGAAGGAAACGGACAUCACCGACGAGGAUAUUGAUGUCAUACUGGAGCGUGGCGAGGCUAAGACAGCCGAACAGAAGGCCCAACUCGAUAGCAUGGGAGAAAGCUCGUUGCGCACAUUCACCAUGGACACGAAUGGAGAGGCCGGCACUUCGUCAGUCUAUCAGUUUGAGGGCGAGGAUUGGCGUGAGAAGCAGAAACAGAACGCUCUGGGUAACUGGAUUGAGCCACCAAAGCGUGAGCGUAAGGCAAACUAUGCCGUGGACGCCUAUUUCAGAGAAGCCCUGCGCGUCUCUGAGCCGAAAGCCCCCAAGGCCCCACGUCCACCCAAGCAACCUAUUGUCCAGGACUUCCAGUUCUUCCCGCCUCGUCUGUUUGAGCUGCUCGACCAGGAGAUCUACUAUUUCCGAAAGACUGUCAACUACAAAGUGCCCAAGAACACGGAACUCGGUUCGGAAGCCAACAAAGUUCAGAGGGAGGAACAGCGCAAAAUUGACGAGGCCGAACCCCUGACGGAAGAUGAAAUCAUCGAGAAAGAGAACCUCCUCUCCCACGGCUUCACGGCCUGGACCAAGCGUGACUUCAAUCAGUUCAUCAAGGCCAACGAGAAGUAUGGACGUGAUGACAUUGACAACAUAGCCAAGGACGUGGAGGGCAAGACUCCCGAAGAGGUUAUCGAGUACAACGCCGUGUUCUGGGAGCGUUGCACAGAGCUGCAGGACAUUGAACGAAUUAUGGGACAGAUUGAGCGAGGCGAGGGAAAGAUUCAGCGACGACUGUCUAUCAAGAAGGCCCUAGAUCAAAAGAUGUCGAGGUAUCGAGCUCCCUUCCACCAGCUGCGUCUGCAAUACGGAAACAACAAGGGCAAGAACUAUACAGAGAUCGAGGAUCGUUUCCUGGUCUGCAUGCUGCACAAGCUGGGCUUCGACAAGGAGAAUGUUUACGAAGAGCUGAGAGCGGCUAUAAGAGCAUCACCGCAGUUUCGCUUCGAUUGGUUUAUCAAGUCGCGCACAGCUCUGGAACUUCAGCGUCGCUGCAACACCUUGAUAACGCUCAUCGAACGCGAGAAUAUCGAAUUGGAGGAGAAGGAACGGGCCGAGAAGAAGAAAAAGGCGCCGAAGGGAAGCAUUUCGAGUGGCAGUGGAAGCCACAACAGCACUCCAGCCCCAAUGCCCCAACCCAAGGCCAAUCAGAAGCGCAAGAACGAUGUAGUGGCCACCAGCAGUAGUUCCAAGAAAAAGAAGAAGUAACCAGCUAGCGAAAGGAAUGAAUCAUCGCAGAAAAUUCACAUGAGAAUCGGCAUCUCUCAUCAUUAGUUGCAGUUACAAUGCAAA